AUGUAUAGUCAAUUAAAGCAUAGAAAGAGAUUUGGAGAGUUGUUACUUUUAGAUAUUAAUGAGUAUAAAACCUCCAAGAUCUGUAACUCUUGCUUGAAUCGAGACCUCAAGAAUCUGAAAUGUGGGGAAGAUGACGAUGUCAAACGAAUGCAUCAAGCAUUGAAGUGCAACACACGCAAUAUUUUUUGGAAUCGUGAUGUGAUGGCAUCCAAGAAUAUGUUUCUGAUUGCUUCUUCAAUUUGGAAUGGGAACGAUCGCCCUACUGUCUUCACACGACAAAGCGCCACCUCCAAUGUAAUUGCCACAUCUAACUCCGGUGAGGUGCUGGCUUAA